UCAGAUUCCAUAACUGCUUAAAACCUCUAUUCACGACGGUCACACUCUCGAGGACUGAAAAAGCUGACAUAAAGUUCUUCUGCAUAUCAAGACAAGAGUGCAGAGAUGGAGGACCCUGCCUCAGAAGGGAAUCCACCAGGGGACUGUAGGAAGGAAAUUCCUUUGUCACGAAAUGAUUUAGAGAGUGUCCAGCAGGAGAGGUCGGUCUCACCUGUCCCCAGCUGUAUAUCCAUGAGGAGUAACACGUCAAUCCCUGUGAUAAUCAACUUUAAGGAGGAACACAGUUCUGCAGGUCAAUGUGUCCAGCAGGAGAGAUCAGUCUCACCUGUACCCAGCUGUGUAUCGAUGAACAGUGACACGUCAAUCCCCGUGAUAAUCAACUUUAAGGAACCUUUAUGGGUUACUGGAGGGUCUUUUCCAGUUCCCGUUGACAAUGUCCCACCACAGAGAUCAGUCUCACCUCUUCCCAGCUCUACAUCCAUGAAGAGUGACAUGUCAAUGUCUUGUAGUGAAGAUGAACUUCUGAUGACCUGUCAGCAGAAACUGAAAUCCCAUCUGAAGAAAAAGUUUGAGUGUUUAUUUGAAGGAUUAACUAAGCAAGGAAACCCAACCCUUCUGAAUGAUAUUUACACAGAGCUCUACAUAACUGAAGGUGGUACUGGUGGGAUCAGGGAUGAACAUGAAGUGAGACACAUUGAGAGAACACUUAAGAAACCAGCUGUGCAAGAAACUACAAUCAAAUGCAGUGACAUUUUUACACCUUUACCUGGAAAAGCAACACAUAUAAGAACUGUGCUGACGCAGGGGAUUGCAGGCAUCGGAAAAACAGUCUCUGUGCAAAAAUUUAUUCUGGAUUGGACAGAAGGAAAAGCAAACCAAGACAUUUGUUUCAUAUUUCCCCUUCCUUUCCGGGACCUGAAUUUGAUGAAAGAUAAAGAAUUCAGUCUGAUACAGCUGCUUCACUACUUUCUCCCAGAACUGAAAGGGUUUGGAUCCACUCAGCUCUCAAAUUCCAAAGUCUUGUUCAUCUUUGAUGGUCUGGAUGAGUGUAGCCUUCCUCUAGAUUUCAAGAACAAUGAGAUCUCUUUUGAUGAAGCAAAGACAACAUCACUGGAUGUGUUGUUGACCAACCUCAUCAAGGGGAAUCUGUUUCCUUCUGCUCUCAUCUGGAUAACCUCCCGUCCAGCAGCAGCCAGUCAGAUCCCUCCUGACUGUGUCCACCGGCUGACAGAGAUAAGAGGCUUCAAUAUUUGUCAGAAGGAGGAGUACUUCAGGAAGAGAAUCAAUGAAGAGAACCUGGCCCAGAAGAUCAUCAAACAUGUAAAGUUAUCAAGGAGCCUCUACAUCAUGUGUCACAUUCCAGUCUUCUGUUGGAUUUCAGCCACUGUUCUUGAGAGGCUCUUUGUUGAGGACCAAAGUGGAGAAAUUCCCAAGACUCUGACUCAAAUGUACACACACUUCCUCAUCUUUCAGACAAGUUUAAAGAAUGAGAAGUAUCUGAAAAAACAAGUAACAGACCCUCUGAAAUCUUUAGAAUCAGAUAAAGAAUUUGUUCAGAAACUGGGGAAUCUGGCCUUCAACAACCUCAACAAAGGCAAUCUCAUAUUUUAUGAGGAAGAUCUGAGAGAGUUUGACAUUGAUGUGAGUGAAGCUUCAGUGUACUCUGGAGUGUGUACAGAAGUCUUCAGAGAGGAGUUUGGGUUGUAUCAGGGGAAGGUUUACUGCUUUAUACAUCUUAGUGUGCAGGAGUAUCUUGCUGCCUUGCAUGAGUUUCUGUCAAGUACUGAUCCCAACCUGCUGAAGAAAACAGUAGAUCAGGCCUUAGAGAGCAAGAAUGGACACUUGGACCUCUACCUCCGCUUCCUUCUUGGUCUUUCAAUGAGGUACAGCCAGAAGCUUUUAAAAGGUCUAAUGAUGCAGAGAAGAAGUUCCUAUAAGAUUAAAGAAAUAAUCAAUCACAUAAAGGAGAAGAUCAAUGAGAAACUCUCCCCUGAGAAGACUAUUUAUCUGUUCCAUUGUCUGAAUGAACUGAAUGACAAUUCUCUGGUGAAGGAAGUCCAGAAUUACCUGAGCAAAGGACAUCUUUCGGAAAAAGAUAUUUCACCAUCAGAGUGGUCAGCGCUGGCAUUUGUUUUAUUGAUGUCAGAAGAUGAACUGGAAGUGCUGGAUCUGAAAAAAUGCACCUUACGUGAUGAAGGUCUUCAGAGGAUGCUGCCAGUGGUGCUGACCUGCAAAACAGCUCUUUUAAGCAGUUCUGAAAUCACUGAGGAAAGCUGUGAAGCAUUGGCCUCAACUCUGAGCUCAGACUCCUCACACCUGAGAGUGUUGGACCUGAGUGAUAAUGACCUGCAGGAUUCAGGAGUAAAGAUGCUCUUUACUGGAGUGGAGAACCAAGAGUGUAAAUUGGUCACCUUGAGACUGUCCAACUGCAGAGUGACAGAGGGAGGCUGUGCUUCCCUGGUGUCAGUUCUGCGUUCGAACCCCUGUUCACAACUGAGAGAGCUGGAUCUGAGCUACAAUCCCACAAAGGACUCAGGAGUGAAGCAGCUAUCUGAUCUAUUGCAGGAUCCACACUGUAAACUGGACACAAUGAGACUUUCUGGCUGUUGUGUCACAGAGGAAGGCUGUGCUUCUCUGGCUUCAGCUCUGUGUUCGAACCCCUGUUCACAACUGAGAGAGCUGGAUCUGAGCUACAAUCACCCAGGAGACUCAGGAGUGAAGCAGCUUUCUCAUCUACUGCAAGAUCCACACUGUAAACUGGAGACCCUGCAUGUGGACCAUGGUGGACAGUGCAGGAUCAGACCAGGGCUCCUCAAAUACUCCUGCCAGCUCACACUGGACGAGCGCCUAGCAAACAGACACCUGCAUCUUUCUGAGGGCAACAGGAAGGUGACGUGGAGUGAAAAGGAGUUGGACUCAUACCCUGAUCAUCCAGACAGAUUUGAUUUCUGGAACCAAGUCUUGUGUGUAGAGAGUCUGUCUGGUCGCUCUUACUGGGAGGUUCAGUGGGGUGGAGAUGCUGCUGAAAUAGGAGUCACUUAUGAAGGAAUCGGUAGGAGAGGAAGUGACGCCGACUGUCGGCUUGGAUACAACGAGAAGUCCUGGAUCCUGUACUGUUCGGGUGGGAGGUGCGCUGCCUGCCACAAUAGGAGAGAGACUGACAUACCCGUGCCUCCCUCCUCCAACAGAAUUGGAAUAUAUCUGGACUGGGUGUCCGGCACCCUGUCCUUCUACAGUGUGUCCUCUGGUGAGCUGACGCUCCUGUGCAGGUUCACCUCCACGUUCACUGAGCCCCUCUAUCCUGCGUUUGGCUUUUGGGUGGGCUCCUCAAUGUCACUGUGCGAGCUGUGAUAGGAACACGCACUCGGACGCACGCACACUCCUCAUUAUGUAGUAAUGUGUUUCUAAGCUUCCUCUGUGUAAAACUCCAUCAUGUAAAGCGUUCAUUCCGGCUCCUGGGUUAUUGACCCCAUCCUCAAGUUUCCAAGUUCUGGUGGACUUUGUGUUCUUCAUACUGGUUUUUCCAGCACUGUCUGCUGAAGUUGUCUGGUGGUGAUAAAUCAUUCUAGCUGGCUUUGGGUUCACUGUAUUGGAAAGGACCGCCCCUUGUUACCUUUAACCACAGCUUGCCUUCUAGCACACAAGCUCAGUGUUCAGCAUUGACCUGCCAUUGCACUCUGUUCAAAGUAAAUGUGUUGGAGGGGUUACUGAUGAGGUCCCACAGAGGUCCAAUGUGUUACUGAGAAGUAAGCGUUUAUCCCGGUAGACAGAUCGCAAGUUUGAAUAUAUCUGAUGCAACGGCCCUAGAAAAAUUGUACCCAUGUUCAGUAACCCAUGUUACAGAGUUUUUUCGGCUUUUCCCCAAUGAUAUACAAGUCAUGGGCCAACGAGACAGACUUUUCAACGACAUAUGAGAACUUCCUCUUAAUUUUGUAUUGUUUUUCAUUUUCUUUUAUUUCAGUUCCGACAUGUUCCCUUUUACUUUUUUAAUGCUUUUUGUUCACGUACCUCCCUGUACUAAGAUGGGUCUCAAAACUCACCUCUUUCAGGGUCACUUCUCCCCUGAUCUUGUAAAUUCUGGAUAAAUAUGCAUGCAUGUGUUAUGUUUAAUAUUUUUUAAUGAGAAUUUGUUUAACAAUGGAAAAGCCAAUAUGCAGCUACUUCUGUAGUGUACACCGGUUUAUACCGUGGUUUGUGACAAAUCGACUGUACUCGUGAAUCACGUGUCUACAUCCAGAUCUCUCCUCCUGUUAGUGUAUUGUACUUUUUGUAUUGUUCUCUGAGAUAUGUCACUUUGGAGAAAAGAGUGUGUUAAAUAAAUAAAUGUAAAUGUAACUGUACUCCAUCUGUCUUGUACACUUUCACAGCAUGAUAGUGGUGAGUAAAGUGUCUCUGUAAAGUCCAGGAACACAUUGUUUU